AUGUCGGCUCUUUUAUUGCUGAACAGAGCUGGAAUCUGCAGACAAUUCAGCAGAUGUGUGAUAUGGACGCUAUCAAGGCGAAACUAUCAAGUUUUAACAAACAAAGUGAUAUCCAGUGAAGGCGCUGGUAAUGUACUGUCCAGGUGUGCUAAUGUCAGGAAGACACCGCAUUUUCCAAGAUCAGAGCGGACUCUCGCAGGUCAGCCUCAGAAGAAACUCAUCCAGAGUCUUCUCCACAAACCUUUGAGUCCUGACAUGGUUGGACUCAGCAGAGCGUUAAUCAGAAGCAACCUAUUAAGGAAUCCAGUGGGUUUAUUAAAUUUAUUAGGGUCAACUAACUUUUUCAGUGCGUCUCAAGCCAAUAAACAGAAAAAUAAAAGUUCUGGCCCAAAGGGAAAAACUCCUCAGGAAGAUGAAGAGGAGAAGAAACGGCGUGAGCAGGAGGAUCAGAUGUACCGCGAGCGCCUGCGGACGCUCUUCAUUAUCGCAAUCAUCAUGAGCCUGCUUAACUCUAUUAAUACCAGUGGUGGCAACAUCUCCUGGAAUGACUUUGUCAACGAGAUGUUGGCCAAGGGUGAGGUGUCCCGAGUGCAGGUCGUUCCUGAGAGUGACAUUGUAGAAAUCUACCUUCAUCCUGGGGCUGUCAUCUUCGGGAGACCUAGGCUGGCACUCAUGUACAGAAUGCAGGUUGCAAACAUUGAUAAGUUUGAGGAGAAGCUGCGAGCAGCAGAGGAGGAACUAAAUAUCGACACUAAGGACAGGAUACCAGUGACAUACAAACGCACUGGAUUCUUUGGAAAUGCAGUCUAUGCUCUGGGAAUGGCUGCUAUUGGGGUGGCUAUUCUCUGGUAUAUCUUCCGACUUGCAGGCAUGGGCAGCAGAGAAGGCGGCUUCAGUGCUUUUAAUCAGCUGAAGAUGGCCAAGUUCACCAUUGUUGAUGGAAAAUCUGGGAAAGGAGUGAGUUUCAAAGAUGUAGCUGGCAUGCAUGAGGCUAAGAUGGAGGUAAAGGAAUUUGUUGACUACCUCAAGAGUCCAGAAAGAUACCUGCAGCUGGGAGCCAAAGUUCCUAAGGGAUCGUUGCUGCUCGGGCCUCCAGGAUGCGGCAAGACCCUGCUGGCCAAAGCUGUAGCAACAGAGGCCCAGGUGCCCUUUCUGGCUAUGGCUGGCUCUGAGUUUGUGGAGGUCAUUGGAGGUCUCGGCGCUGCCAGGGUCAGGAGCCUGUUUAAAGAGGCCCGUGCUCGGGCGCCUUGCAUUGUCUACAUAGAUGAGAUUGAUGCUGUGGGGAAGAAGCGCUCCACCAAUAUGUCAGGUUUCUCCAACACGGAGGAGGAGCAGACUCUCAACCAGCUCCUGGUGGAGAUGGAUGGAAUGGGAACAACAGACCACGUCAUCGUUCUGGCCUCCACUAACAGAGCAGACAUUUUGGAUAAUGCUCUUAUGAGGCCAGGCCGGCUGGACAGGCACAUCUUCAUAGAUCUACCUACACUGCAGGAAAGGAAGGAGAUCUUUGAACAACAUCUAAAGAUCUUGAAGUUGACCCAACCAGCUAAUUUCUACUCUCUGCGGCUGGCUGAGCUCACCCCAGGCUUCAGUGGUGCAGACAUUGCAAACAUCUGCAACGAAGCUGCACUGCACGCUGCCAGAGAGGGGUUCAAGUCCAUCGAUACUUUUAACUUUGAGUAUGCUGUGGAAAGAGUGAUAGCAGGGAGCAUAAAGAAAAGCAAGAUUCUGUCUAAAGAAGAGCAGAGGGUGGUUGCCUUCCACGAGUCUGGACACGCCUUAGUCGGAUGGCUGCUGGAGCACACCGAGGCAGUGAUGAAGGUCUCCAUUGCUCCGCGAACGAAUGCCGCCCUGGGUUUUGCUCAGAUCUUACCCCGCGACCAGUACCUGCUCACCAAGGACCAGCUGUUCCAGCGCAUGUGCAUGGCUCUGGGAGGAAGAGCGGCCGAGGCCAUCACUUUUAACAAGGUCACCACAGGAGCUCAGGAUGACUUGAGGAAGGUGACACGUGUGGCUUACUCUAUGGUGAAGCAGUACGGUAUGUGCGACAGUGUGGGGCAGGUGUCGUUCCCUGAGACAGAGGAGCAAGGUGCCGUCGGGCGCCGUCCAUUCAGCCAGGGCCUGCAGCAACAGAUGGAUCAUGAGGCUAAGAUGCUGAUAGCUCGUGCUUACAGACACACAGAGAAACUGCUGCUGGACAACAGGGACAAACUGAUCCUGUUGGCCAACGCUCUGUUAGAGUGUGAGGUGGUGAACUAUGACGACAUCGAAGCCUUGCUGGGCCCGCCGCCGUUUGGGCCGAAGAAGAUCAUCCUCCCACAGAGCUGGGUGGAGGCAGAGAGGGACAAGCAAGACACAGAAGAGGAUGAACCUCAACCUCCUCCUCGCAAACAUAGAGAGGACGACGUUGAUCCGCAGUUAGUCUGAUUUGUUUCUGAUUUGUGUUUUUUUUUAUAAGCUUUUUAUAAGCUGCUGCUUUUUGUCCCUUCAUCAGGAACUGGUGGAGCGUUAAUACGAGCAGGGAAUCCUCAUAAGGCUUGUUCUGACAGUAAAAGUAAAGUUUGAAAAACUAUUGCUGCUCACCUUCCAGAUUUGAUGAAUUUCUCUACAACUUUAAGAAUGUUGCUGAACUACUAUUAUUCUCACAAUGUUUGCAAAGUUUGAAAGAAAGCUUUCUCAAUCAGGCUGCUCUUCAUAUACAGAUUGUGUAGAUAAUGUUUUCUUUUAGAAUGUGCUGUACAUGUCUGUUUAUGCAAAUGUACUGUAGCAGAUUUGUGUCUGAAUUUAGGGAACAGAUGGCUCUUAACAUCUGCAAGAGGCAGUAAAGAUAAUGUAGGGCUAUUUAUAAAUACAAGCUACGCUCUCCGACAAAGUUUCAUUUACGUUCAACUAAAAAGUUCACAUUUACAUAAAUGCAUCAUUCUGCAGCAAAAUGGACAUACAUUUCUGUGGUUAAAUGAAGCCGUGUACAAGCCAGUAAACUUGCUGCUAAAGCAAGCACUAAAAGGAAAAACAUGACUGGGCCUAGAAUAUAAGUCUUUAUUAUGUUGUUAGCAAGCAUGAAGUCAUUCUAAAUACUGUGUAAUGUUAUAAAAGGGUUGUGUGAAUUUUUGCUUCCAAACAAUAGAUAAGUGAAAAGGCACGACCUUUCAGCCUUUAAAUUUUUUUUUAAAAACAAUUAAAAUAUAAAUGCUGAUAUGAGAGACCUUUGCUCUCAGCUGUCGUAAGUGAGCUAUUACAUUUUCAUUUCUGGUUCUGUCAAUCUCAUUCAGUUCACCCACAAACUUCACUGAAGAUAAUUCAUAAUUUUAGUGAAGGAAUUUAUUAUUAUUUUUUUUUUCAUUUUAUUGGGUUGUAUACAAAAGACUCAUUUAUACAGGGAAAGAAAGUGGAAUCAAUUAGAAUGUUUUAUUUUAUGAGGAGGGAUUGUAAAUUGAUAACAAAAAUGUGUUGCCAAAUAUUUAAAUAAAUAUUUAAAAGCCG